AUGACAAAUCAUACUGAAUCGAGUUCACCUAAAAGUCGUCGUGGUUCUCUAACAGAACCUGUAUCAACAUCUACAGAACAAACAACUAAUGAUACGAUUGCUUCUCUUUUGAAUGGCCAUCCAUUACAUCAAUCUAAUUCAAAUGAUAAUACGAGAAAUGCGAGUCCACAACGUCCACGGCGUCGUAGUAGUGUAUCAAUUAUUCAAGCACUUGUCAACACAAGUCAUCUACUUUCAACAAAUGAUGCACGAAAACGAAAUUUUCUUGUUGGAACUGCACGACAAUUACCAGAAAAUACAACAAAUGAUAUAAAUUCAUAUUUUCCUAAUGGACGAAUGUUAACGAUAAUGAUGGUAACAUGGAAUACCGGUGAAGCAUCAAAAUUAUAUGAACAAAAUUAUACUCCUACAGCUCGGCAAACAGCCCAACCUAAAGAACGUAUGCUUGAUGAUAUGUCUGAUAUAUUAUUACCAACAUUUAUUGAUUUUGUUUCGGAUGUUAUUAUUGUUUGUACUCAAGAAAUGUCUGUUGCAAAAAAAAGAACUGAUUGGGAAAUAUUACUUCAAGAAGUUAUUGGACCAACUCAUGUUCUAUAUCAUUCAAUUCAUUUUGGUACAUUAUCAUUAUGUAUAUUUUUACGACGAGAUUUAAUUUGGUUUUGUACUGAACCCGAAGAAGAUAUUAUCAAAUUUCGAGCAGUAGGUCCUGUUCGUACUAAAGGUUCAUUAGUGAUAACAUUUAAUCUUUUUGGAACAUCAUUUAUGAUAAUUAAUUCACAUUUUGAAGCUGGACAUGCUGCCGAAGGUUGUGCUAAUCGACGAUUAAAUUUUCACAAUACAACAACGAAAUUAUCAAUUCCACAUGAAUUUGUUCAAAGAACUGUUCAACCUAAUAAACGUAUAACAGCAUUAGUGAUAUCUAAUUCUCAACAAAUGUCAGAAACAUCAUCAUCACUUGAAUCUACUACAAAUACAAAUUCAGAUAUAACCAAAUCCUGUGAUAUUGUUCUUUGGGCAGGUGAUAUGAAUUUUCGAAUUGAUAUGACCCAUCAAGAAGUAGUAAAUUAUUGUAAAGAACAAAAUUUUCGUGAACUUUUACUUAAAGACGAAUUUCGUAAAGCACAAACAAAUAGUGAUGAUAUUUAUUCGAAAUUUAAAGAAGCUGAUAUUAAUUUUCCACCAACAUAUAAAUAUGAUUUACGAUUUGAUGAUACUUAUGCAAAACAUCGAACACCAUCAUAUACGGAUCGUAUUCUCUAUCGAGAUAAACCAACAUCAACAAUUGACUGUACGCAAUACACAUCAGUUGAAGGUGUAAAACAUUCAGAUCAUAAACCUGUUCUAGCACAUUUUCGAGUUAAACUUAAACCCGGUUUAAAUACAGGAAAUCUUUCCUAUGGAAAAUUUAAUCAUGAAGUUUAUAAACGUGGUUGUAAACAACGCGAACGACAUCAUUCUUUAGGUGUGGGUUUACAUCAAAAUAUAAAACGUCGAACAACUAUGCCUAAAAGUUCAGUGUGUGUCCUUCAGUGA